GUUGCAAUUUGCACAUCAUAAGGCAAAAACAUUGCCUCCGUGUCUCCUUGAGGUAUUCAAUCUCUCUGGUGCCACUCUUCCACACAUACAACUAACUGCCUUCAGUACAAAUGGUUAUCGCAUCUGCUAGAAUCAGUACUUGUGGUUCAAUGGAACUAGCUCCAGCUUCAUUCAGUACGCGACAUGUAGGUCGUGACUGUGUUCAUCUCAAAAGUACGAGUUCCCAGUGGCUGAAGAAGCCGCCUCGAUGGUUUGGUUUUUCCCAUGUCAAAAUAAGUAAAUUUAAUCAUUCAGCUUGCUCGGUGAGUAUGGUGUCAAAUAAUUAUGUUGGAAGAAGCACGUACAGAAUUAAAAAGGAUAAUGAUGAUAAGAUAUAUCGGAGGCUUGAUUCUUGUUUAGUUAUUCCUCCACCUAAAGGCAAGAAGCCGAAAGCCGUUAUUAAAUUCCUUGGUGGCGCCUUUAUUGGUGCAGUUCCGGAAGUUACCUAUAGGCGAGUUGAAAUAACUCGUUAUUUUAAUUAUCUUCUUGGGCUAUUGGCAAAUCAAGGCUAUCUUAUCAUUUCUGUGCCGUAUAACGUAACUUUUGAUCACUCGCAAGCUGCAAGAGAAGUCUAUGAGAGGUUUCAUUCCUGCUUGAAUUCAAUACUAACAUCAGGAUUGCCUGAUGAUGGCCUGUUAGCAGCCGAACUUGUUGAUCUUCCUCUUUAUUCUGUUGGUCAUAGUAACGGUGCGCUACUUCAAGUACUCACUGGGAGCUAUUUUUCGGAUAAGCUACCAAAGGCUAAUGCCAUAAUAUCAUACAACAACAGGCCAGCAACAGAGGCGGUACCCUACUUCGAACAGUUAGGCCCUCUAGUAAGCCAGUUGAUGCCUGUCGUGGAAGCAUCUCCGGUAUCUUCCAUGGCUAAGGGUGCUGCAGAUGCGUGGAAAGCCCUGCUUGAUACAGCCGAAGCGAUGACGCCUGAUUAUGAUCCCGAAGCUAGAGUUUCAUUGGACAAGUUUGUUGAUCAGUUGCCUUCAGUUUUUAAUCAGGUUGCUCAAGGAAUAUCGGAAUUCAAACCAACACCAACUGAAAACCGUGAAUGUUGCAAGAACUCGUAUAAUGUCAAGAAAACACUCCUGGUGAAGUUCAAUACUGAUGCCAUUGAUGAGACCGAUCUUCUUGAGGAGACUUUGAGGCCUCGUGUGGAAGCUAUAGGUGGAACGCUUGAAAAAGUUUCAUUGAGUGGUAACCACAUCACACCAUGCAUCCAGGAACCAAAACUGCAAGUAGGUGAUGUAUACACUCCAGCGGACGCGAUCGCGCAAGGGCUUAAGAAUCUUUCGCUAAAUGAGACUAAAGUCGCGGCCAGAACCAUUGCAGACUGGCUUAGCAGCAUUAGUUAGUAAUUGCUCGCUAGCUGGAACGGCGACGUAGCAUUGAUGAGUGGAAACUGGAAGUCCAUUGAUGGAGAAUGUGAAUGAAGUGAAGUUAAUAUGGUGAAAAUGAGUAGUAGGUGACAGGUGCAGGUGAUGAUGCUACUUGAAAUUUAAUCUAUCUGUUAUAAGUUAUAUGCUAAAAAAGCUGUGUGAAUACGUGGGGACCGGGGGAUUUGGUUAAAUAAUUGUGCGGGUUUGGAUCCAACCAUGGGUUUGUUCACAUUUUGAAUGAAUUUAUGGAUGAUCCGGGAAAAUACCUGGAAAUUGUUAUUUAGGUAACGGUUAAUAAGUAGGAUGACUCCAUGAGAAAUUUUGGACCGAAUACGGUACCAUACUAUAUUGAUACUAACCAAACAUAUUGUAUGGUAUUUGAUUUUGAAUUUAGCUCAAGUAUUUGUAUGGUAUUGGUUUAAGACUUUC